AUGGAGCAAUGGUAUCGCGUUGAAGCGCUGUCUGAGGCUCCGUUGGAGGCGGUUGUCCAACACGUCGCACAUGCGAGUCACUUCGACCAUCGUCCAGUACUUCAUUGCAGUCCUGAUUCUUCAUUCAGAAGCAAGAGAUUAUGGAAAAACACAUCACUUCGACUGACAACUUUCCUUGCAUUUACUGAUUUCCUUCAUGCGCUGACAACCCUUCCGUACAUAAUCUAUUUAACGACGCAUUGGAGUCCAACGUACAUAGACCUCGAUCCAUAUUUCAUCAUGCUUUCCAGUACACCUUUAACAAUUCACUUAAAGAUCUAUCUAACUCUGACUAUAUCUAUAGCGUUUGAGCGAUUACUGGCUCUGUUCUUCCCUUUGACCUACCGAAAGCUGCCUUCGUCCAAAUAUGCAACAACUUCUCUGUUGAUUGGUGUUUUGUUGGCUGCAACUGAUCUCGUCUUGGAAUUCCUCUGUUUCGCCUUUUGA